CACAAACAAUCAGCUGUGUAACAUACCUCUUUCAUGCUCCAUAUAGCCGCUGCAAAUCAGUCGUCUAUUUAAGGUUAUAUUGUGUAGUUGUGCCAAAGUUUUGCAUUUGGAGGUAUGUAAUAGUUACAAUAAAUGACCUCCAGAACAAGGUUAAUGAUAAACUUAGCUCUAAACAGAGAUACUAGCAGUGAAACAGUUGAGAUUAAUUCUAGCAAAAGUAUUGAAAAAAGUGAAAACAGUGAUUCUAACCCAAAAAGAAUAGUUUCAAUAAAUGGUGAUGAUAGCAAAGGCAACGUGUUCCAGGAACAAGGAUCAAAGCCAUUUGAAGGGUAUAUACAUAGACCUCAAGAACGUCCAACCUUCUACAUCAAAGCAAAAUCUCUAUGAUGGAGAGGAAUACGACAUCGAUGAAAGUGGCUGUAGUGAUUUAUUUGGUGAGUCAAGUGACGAAUAUCAACCAAAUGAAGAAGAUGUCAGUGAUUCAGAUGACGAAAAUGUAACAGAAGUGAGAAAAAAGAAAUUUCAAAACACCAAAACCAAAAGACAUAAAGUAAUGGAAGAUGAGAAUCCUUCUGAGCUGAUGGGUGAGUACAAUGAUCAGAUGUUGUCACAGGACGACCAUACACCACUAAGUCAGACAAAUCAUGUAACUCUUGUUGACCAAAGUAAGGAAGAGCAGACUUCGUCUCCAGUGAAAUAAAAAAAAAAUGCUUCUCCCCAAAAUUAAAAGUGACUAGAAGAAGACAGAGAAAUCCUGAUAAAUGGAAGAAGCGCAGAUCGGCCAUUUUAAGAGAAAGAGGGCAGGCCUAUAAAACUUACAAAGGUGAGACCAAACCUGCUAAAAAUGUUGAAGCAAGUAAUUUGUGUCCUGAAAAUUGCCGCCUACAAUGUUCUAGUGCAUUUACCAUAGUAGAAAGAGAAGCAAUAUUAACAUCUUUCUAUGCAUUAGACAUAAAUGCUAAGAACUGUUUACUUUUUAAGAGUAUUAUACUAAGCCAACCAAAACGGAUGAGAACUGGAGCAGUGAAACACAAGACCGCUUCUUACAAAUAUACUGUCGCAUACAAUGCCAAACAAACUAUUGUGUGCAAACGGGCUUUUGUAUCAUUAUAUCAAAUAAGUAACAAAAAAGUUGACUUACUCCAAUCAAAAAUAAAGGCUGGCUUAGCUGCCCCCCCACCAGACAGAAGAGGCAAGCAUAACAACAGACCCAAUAAAACAACUGAAAAUGUUGCAGCUUACAUCAUCCGUCAUAUAUCUAGUUUCCCUGCUGAAGAGUCGCACUACUCAAGGAAUUGUAACAUUCACAAGAAGUACCUUUCACCAAAUGUGGUUUUAUAACCUGGGUAUCCAUAUUGUAGCGAAAAAUAUUGACCAAACAGUUUUCUGUACUUGGACAGAAGAUCAAGCUUCCAGGGGAAGCAGUGAGAUUUUCAGUUGUCUCCUUAGAGUUUCAGAAGUUGAAGCUUCACUCAAAGAGAAAGACCAUUUAAUAAUUUGGACAGACUCGUGCGCCGGGCAGAAUAAAAAUUUUCUAAUGAUUUGUCUAUAUCAAUAUCUUGUUCAAAGAGAUCAUUUUAAAACUAUUGACCACAAAUUCCCAGAGGUUGGUCAUUCUUAUUUAGAUUCUGACCGGGCGUUUGGGCGAAUAGAGAAGAGAUUACGGAAACAUCAAACUAUCUGCACCCCUGAAGAGUAUCGGGAAGUCAUAGCUUCAUCGAGCAAAAAAAAUUUGGUCAUUAACAUGGAAAACCACUUCAGAAACACAGAAGAUUUGCCACAAAAAAUGAAACUUUUAAACAGAAAAAAAAAUCUCUUAAAAGAGAAAAUCCAUUUCAGAGAUGGAAUCAAAUGGAUUCAUGUGGACGAAUUUGUAUCUUACCUCUACAAAGAGAGUUAUGACUUAUGUGUCCCCUUCUUAAAAGUUAACAUUCGUAAAAGUGUAGCAUCCAUUGAUACUCUUCCUCGAGACUUUUACAUCCCAAGGCAUUUAGAGAAGACCGGAUCUCUAUCUCAGGAAAAGAUCGAGAACCUAAAAGAACAACUGUGCUUUGUGCCAGAUCAACAUAAGUGGUUUUUUGAGCAGAUUUUAUUCGAGCGCCGAGAAAGUGGCAACGAUGACUAAAGCAAUGUUAAUAAGUUUUUUUUAAAACAAUAUACAACUAAAAUAUUUUCAACACUGUAGUUAUUUUUAUACUCGCCUAUCCACAGCACACUUAAUAGCUCCAACAGGUCAACAUAAAAGCAUAAGUGUAGGUACAUAACUCCUUUUUUCAAUAUAAAAUAUUGUACAAAAAAUUGGAAAAAGGAGGUAUGUAGAAAAAAUAUUUUUUGUAUUUUUCAAAAAAAGGUAUUUUAACUUUUUUUACUUCUUGAAAAAAUUUUGCCCACUAUAGC